CUUAGAGGCAGGGGGCAAAGGAAAAGAGAAAGUUUGGAGUCAUUUCAUAUUCAACACAACCUCUCAACUGGUUGCCUUCUCAUCUAUUUGGAUCAGAUGAAGACCCAGCGACCUCUUCAUGUGGCCACCCCAGUGAGGGAGAGCCUUGCCCUGACGAAAGUGGCAGGGACCUCAGUUUACCUCAAACUGGACUCAUCGCAGCCCACUGGGUCCUUCAAAAUCAGGGGCAUUGGGCACCUCUGCAAAACAUGGGUCGAGCGAGGCUGUGAGCGAUUCGUCUGCUGCUCAGGAGGAAAUGCAGGCAUGGCAGCGGCUUAUUCUGCUCGUCAGCUCGGGAUACCAGCCACCAUAGUGGUACCAAGUGUCACUCCCAGUCCAACUGUGGAGAGGCUGAAGGACGAGGGUGCCAGUGUGAUCAUCCAUGGCAAGGCUCUCAAUGAAAGCAUUGAAUACGGACAGCAGCUUGUAGCUAACAACCCCGGCUGGAUUUUCAUCUCUCCCUUUGAUGAUCCCCUCAUCUGGGAAGGCCACACGUCUCUGGUGAAGGAGCUGGAGGAGGAACUGAAGGAGAAGCCUGGAGCGAUAGUUCUGUCGGUGGGAGGCGGAGGCCUGCUGAACGGAGUAGUGGAGGGACUGCGUCGUGCGGGCUGGGCUGACGUGCCCAUCGUAGCCAUGGAAACCGUGGGAGCACACAGCCUCAAUGCAGCCAUGAAGGCUGGGGAGCUGGUCACUUUGCCUGCAAUUACCAGUAUUGCUACAACACUGGGCCUGACGAGGGUAUCUGCACAGACUCUGAAGCUGGUUGGCGAGCACACAGUUUUCUCAGAACUAGUCACAGACCAAGAGGCUGUUAAAGCCGUCGAACGUUUUGUUGACGAUGAGAAGAUCCUGGUGGAGCCUGCCUGCGGUGCCGCCCUGGCAGCUGUGUACUGUGACAUUAUCAAAAGGCUGCAGAAGGAGGGCAAGCUGGCACAGCACCUGGGCCCUGUGGUCAUCGUGGUGUGUGGUGGCAAUAACAUCAGCAUGGAGCAGCUCAGUAGGUUGAAGGAACAGCUAGGUGUUAUCUAG